AUGAUGGGCUCUGGUGGCUUCGACUCCUUCCAGCUCCUGUCGGAAGGGGUGAUCUUACCGCAGUGGGUGGCGCUGCUCUUCACCGGUAGCAUCUUCGCAGGCAUUGCUUGCGCCUACCGAAGCCAUGGACUUUCGGGUGUUGCGGUGGUCAGCACGCAGGUCAUGGCAAUCAUGGGUGUGCAGCUGUCUACCAAACUAGUGCUCCAGAAUGGGUUUGCGUACCCUACAUGCAUUGCUUCGCUGCACUUCCUGUGCGUUUGGCUAUCGGCUUGGGUCGUUGAGCGGCGGUCGGCAACAGUUGCCAAGGAUAAGCUUCUUGGCCUGGCCCAGGAUGCUUCACUUCGCGACAAUGCAGCUUGGUACUUCAAGCGGAUUCUGCCCAUCGCAGUACUCCAGACUUUGAAUGUCGUUUUGAACACUUCAUCCUUGAUGUACAUUGGUGCUGGGUUCAAUGCCAUCAUUGGCAUACUCUGCCCAGUUCUCACGGCCCUGGUCUCUGCAACGCUUGGCGCCCACAUCACUUCCUUGGCAUGGGUGGGCAUAGUAACUGCGAUUGCCGGGGAUGCCAUAAUUUCCGUUGAGGGCCUGAAGAGCAUAGCUCGAAGUGGGGAGCCGCUUUCCCUGGCGCUUUUCGGCAUGAGCCUGGGUGUUGGUGCCCUCUUCGCGCGGUCAAUUCGAUCCGUCCUCAUGGACUGUCAGAUGAAUAAGUACGAAGCAGAUGAGGCGUGUCCACGAUUGCAGCCCUCUCAACUUGUGGCCUUGGCAUCGCCAGCGGUCUUUGUGCUGGGCUUUGUGCUCACUUUGGCUGUGGAAGGUUGGAGGCCUUAUCUGGCUCUGCUGUCGCUGGAUGCUUCCACUGCGCUGCUGUUGACUUUCAGCACGGCUUGCGCGAUCUACCUCAGCUUCAUGGGUAUGGUCUUGAUCAAGAUGCUUGGAGCUGCAGCGGCGCAGAUUGCAGGGAAGCUGAACAUCCUGGUGACCGUUGCCCUGUCCAGCGCUUUUUUGCAUGAACGUCUAAGCCUUGGCUUCGUCGUGGGUGCAGCAACUGUGUUGGCUGGUGCAGCCAUCUUCGAGUCUGCCAAAGUCAGCUCUGCAAUGCAUCACGGCUUGCAAUUCAGCAAAGGGGCCUGCAAGGCGGCACCAAGGCGCAAAAUGGGUUCCGCAGUGUCUGCUUUGGGCAACCUCUCCACUGCCAUCGUCCUGGUUGGAACUGACGUCGUGGUGAGCCUCCUUCGAGCGAUCUCCCUGGGUCUUGUGGACGUGAUCGAUAGGCUCUGCUCGAGCGGCAAGAACACAAGCCGCAACAAGGUGGCAUGGCACCCACAGCGCUAUUCCAACAGCCCGGUCUAUAUUUCCGAGACCUCCGUUCUUGGAGAUUUGGAUGUGGACAAGACAAUGGCGCAGAGCAAGUUUCCAAUCCCGCCUGAGAAGCUCGUCGCUAGGGCCAAGGAGAUCCUGGCCAGCGAGUUCGGCACAGCAGCAGGAUCGGAUAGCGGCAGCUUGGCUGAGGACUUCCAGUUUGUAGCACCCAUCAUUGGGCCGCUGGGGAAGGAAGAGUUCAUGAAGGCCUUCGGAUCCUUCAAACUCAAAGACGCUGUGCCAGACUUGGCAGACAACAGCUGGUUUCAGGUGGACCCACUGGAGCCGAAUCGAGUUUGGUUCUUCGCUCGCGCCACAGGCACCCACACCGGGACCUUGAACUUUGGCCGCCCGAUCCCUGCAACGAACAAGCGGAUUGAAGCCCCUCCUCAGGCACAGUCCAUGCUCUUUAAUGAGCAGGGUCAGUGCUACACACUGACUGUGGGCUAUUGCAUGGAUAAGCGCAUCGGGAACACAGAUGGCUUGGGUGGAGUCUUCGGAAUUUUGAAGGCAGUUGGACAUGGGCUGCCCUUCCCUGAGGGUCAACGCUUGUAUACUCCUUCGUUGCGCUUCGAGGCGUUCGAGCGCAUCGCCAAAUUCGCGGAGGCAUGCGGCCUCGGCCCGAACGCUCAGAAUGCUCGACAGUCUCCAAAGUGA